AAAAUGGUAUAAGAUGGCGGCUAGUGGGAAGGACAUUUUGACCGCAUAUUCCCCCAAAAUUUCACGUGAUUCAAUACUCUCAGUCUAUCCAUUGCACUGGCACGUCUGGCAUAAAGAUGCCUCGUCACUCGAAGAAGAACUUGCUUUGAACAAGCACAAUAAAGAGUUACUGGACCCUCGAGGACGGACUCCACUUCAUCUUGCGGUUAGUCUGGGUUAUGUGGAUUGUGUAAAGUGUCUUCUUCGCGGAGGCUGCGAUGCAAACGCUAUUAAUCAGGAUGGGUGGAAUGUGUCACAUGAAGCGAUUAGCACUGGAAACCCUGAAAUUUUAUCACUUGUACUUCAACACCGAGAUUUUCAAAGAGGAAGUCAAAGGCUCGCUGGAAUUCCUGAACUAUUGGAAGAACUCAAUUCUACUCCAGAUUUUUAUGUGGAAAUGAAAUGGGAGUUCACCAGCUGGGUACCGUUUAUGUCCAGAAUGUGUCCCAGUGAUACAUAUAAAAUAUACAAAUGUGGAGCAAAUGUUCGAGCUGACACCACGUUAAUUGGCUUUGACCAGAAUGACUGGCAGAGGGGUAAUAGGAGUUAUGUUUUUAAGGGCGGAGCGGAAGGAGGAGAAUUUUUAGAGAUUGAUCAUGAAAAAAAGAGAUACUUCAAAGAAACUUUGCAUAUUAGGGAAGAUUUUCGUGACCUGGAGGGGCUUAAACCUUCAGAAGAUGUUAUCAACGCGAGAUUAACAACACCAGCUGUUGCUACCAUGCUUAACACAGAUAAUAUUGCAUUUACAAGGCACAAGACCAUGUGGGGGUGGGGUGGAGACAAGACAGAGGUAGUGAAUGGAUAUGAGUGCAAAGUGUAUACAGCAAGUGGGGUGGAGGUUCUCACUAAAACACGAGUGGAGCACUUGAAUGCCGAGGAUAAACAGAUGGCUCAAAAUACAAAUGAUACAUUUGCUGCAAAUGGUCUACAAACUCUCCUUGGUAUUGAAGAAGAGAAUGUAUCAAAUAAUGUGGAGGAUGACCAAGUUGCUUCAGACUUAGAUCGUACUUCUUCUAACCCUUACAAAAUGAGGUUAGAGGAGUACUUUAAUCCUAAUCCAGAAUCAAAUACAAGGGAUAUUGGAAAAUUGAAAGAAAUGACAGUGAAGAAGCAGAAAUUUAAAGCUACAAUUUCAAUGUGUGACAAGCAUCCGUUGUCUCUUCGUGAACAAGUGCUUCCAAUUGUCAAAUUACUGGCUAUCAGCAACACUCAUUUUGCUAAGCUUAGGGACUUCAUUGCACUUCAUCUACCAGCAGGAUUCCCGGUAAAAAUAGAAAUUCCUUUGUUCCAUGUCCUAAAUGCCAAAAUAACGUUUGGUAAUAUUGGGGGAGGAGAAUGUUUAGUGGAAGGAGUGCAUGCAAUCAGAGCUGAUAUACAGGAAACUGGAGAGGAUAGUCACACCUCUACUGAGGGGGAGGAACAGCCCCUUGUAGAUGGGCUGGCUGCAAGGUGUGUCAUAGAAUCAACUUGUUUUGAUGCUCCAGCAGACUACCGAGAGGUUAAUCUGGAUCAACCAGUUGCUCCUCUUAGAGAUGAAGAAGACGAGAUGCUACAACUAGUAAUACAACAGAGCUUACUUGAAUAUCAACAAGAUCCUGCACAGAUUGUGACUCUUCAGACUUUACAAGGCAGCCAGCAACAAGAAGAUGAUGACUUGCAACGUGCAAUAAGAGAAAGUAUGAGAGAAAGUGGUGUUGAAGAGGGAGAAACCCCACAAGUUCUUCCUGUUCAAAGACAAGAAGGAGAUGGAGUCAUUGCCUAUGAUGAAGACUUGCAGCUGGCUAUGGCACUUUCUGAACAGCAGCUGGAGGAAGAUGAACGACUUCGAAAACAGGAAGAAGAAGAGCUGGCUCAAGUCAUUCAGCUAUCUCUUGCAGAAAAUUAACUUGUAUAGCUUUCAGAUCAGGCUAUAAAAACUGUAAAACUGUAUUUGCAUUUAAUUCUUCAAACUAAAGUGAAGUAGUCGGUAUAUUUAGUAACUUCUUAAAGUGAAGUUGAAGCUCUGAGAUUUUUUGGGAAGUUAUUGACUAUUUAUUGUUUAUUUUUGAAAUGGAUUACAACAGCAAAAAAGAAAGAAGGCAUUGAAAAUGAGUUAUAAAAUUAGGAAACUACAAAAAUUAUGAGUAUCAUUAGGUAGUUCUCUUGGCAUUUUACAUUUUUUUUUUGAUAGCAAGAUCGUGCCACGUGUGACUUAACAGUCUUGUGAACAGUGACUUCAUGUAUGAAAAAUGGUAUUAUUUUCAAUCUGCUGCAUUCAUUUUACGUGAAAUAACUAAUUACUUUGUGUCAAAUGACACUUCUUAUUCUGUUAGAAUCCACACUGUCUGUAUGCUUUUAGAGUUGGAGACUAACUUAAGUUGUAUUGACAAGUGCUAGUGUCACCUUAAGGGUCAAACACUGUUUGGUGUCUGCAGUAAUAUUACUCAAGAGGCUUCCUAUAGGAAGAACAUUAUCAUUAAAAAUAACUUUUCAAAUUUUCAUUUUUUUUCAAAUUUGUUUUGGUUAAGUCAACAUAAGUUGGAGAACAUUUCCUUUUUUGGAUUGAAUUCAUAGUUACUUAUACCUAGUAUUCUCUACGUAAAUUAUUCCCCCUAACUAUUAAUUGUAUUUAGUUCUCUUGGAGACUGUACAAAUUUAGAGUGAAACAAGAGGAAACAUUUAUAUUAAUAUCAAUAACAUUUUAUUUAUCAGACCAGAAGAUAUUAACAUUUUUGUUUUAUCAUUGUGUCUGUGCUUCAAAAGUCACCAAAGAGGUGCAGUCAUGUUUCUAGUCAUGUUGUCCUUUUAUGUAGGACUGUUUUUAGGUUUGUUGUUUCAAUGUCACAUUGGAUGGUUGGAUAAUUCCACUUUUUGUUACCAGUCAAUUGUGCAAUAAUUCAUUUUUUAACCAUGAAAGUAAAUGGAAAGUUUUAUUAGGUGGUCUGGUUCUAAAUAAAUAACAUUCUUAACCCAUGAA